AUGGCUUCUACCUCCCAGUCCUCCAAGCUCGAAGGCGAUAUCGAGUCCGUAACUGUCGAAUCGGCCACUGUCGGCGAAGACAAGCAGCGAGACCACUUCAACUUCCUCGAACUGCCACCGGAACUGCGCCUCAUCGUCUACGAGUUGGUACUGUUCAGCGACUUCGACGAACGAGACUUCCCUCCACCGAAGACAGUAGCACAACCCGUCUACUAUGUCUCUCGAGGCCUGCAGGCUGAAUCAGAGUGGACUUAUAUUAAGGCAAUCCAGCGCUACCACAGCAGCCUUUCCGAUCACGUCUGCGAAGCCUUCGAUAAAGCUUCGGCUGCAUGCCAGGAAGAGAUGAAUCAUGUCCACUUCAUGCUGGCGUCUUUCGCCACCAUGUCCGAGGAGGAGUACCGGGUUGCAGAUGAUCACAUGGAAGAACUCGUGGUGAAGACCGAUGAGUCGAAAGCUGAGUGCGAGAGAAUCAAGAAGGUGGUCGUGGAGUGUCAGGAGAGAGUUGAAGGAGAGCUGAUCAAAGUGCUCAACAAGAGGGUGGCAGCGGCCAAGGCCAUGAUGGCUGAGGCGGCCAAGUUGAAGGAGGCAGUCUCUUUCUUGUCGGCUGCCAAGGAGGUGAGGGAGGCUUGGUCAGAGUCCACUGCAGGCCAGUGA